CAGGAAUACAGCUUUAUGAUUUAAAGAUGGGAAACUUAUAGAUUCAUCGCGCACACGGUGGCGUGUCUUUCUUAUGACAGCUUGAGUUUUUGCAGAGCGCUGUAGGCAAGUUGGAAAGUUGGGUGGAAGGAAAAAAAAUGUGGUAGAGAAGGUCCACAAGUGGCAGCGCUGACGGCAUCAUUGAGAGGAUUUUGAAGCGAAGCCUCUUCAAUGGUUUGGGGGGAUAUCCCUAAGGCCCCGAUAGCAACUGGAGUCCCACGUUUUACGAACACCGCAGACGAAGGCAUGCAGGAAACGGGCCACAACUGUCACAUUCCUUGCAUUAAGUCACUCCUAAACCACAUGCGAGAUCAGAAGAUUCUUACCUGGGCUAAGAAAAAGUACCAGAGUGCUGCUUUUUGGUGGUCCAAAGUUGUCUUCUCAGAUAAGUUGACAGAUAAAAAUGUGCAUUUCGCUCAGGAAUCACGGGGCCAGAAACUGGAGGAAGAGUGGAGAGGCCAAGAACCCGGGUUGCUUGGUUCACGGUCAGCGGUGAUUUGGUGACUCGUUUUAUCGGGUGGCGUUGGUUCACUCAGCUUUACCGAGCCUGCCAGGACAUUUUAGAGCCCCUCAUGGUGCUUCCAUUGCGAUUUCAUUCUCCAGCAGCACUUUUCACCAGUCAACAAUGACAAAAGUACACAUACCCGCUUGAAAAACCACAACAUCACUGUGCUUUAUGGGCAAAUGAUCUACCCGGCCCUAAACCUUACAACUUAUCUGUUGGGUUUUGUCAAGAGGAAGAUGAGAGACGUUGGACUUAACAAUGCAGUGGAGCUGAAGACAUUUUUAAAACAACCUGGGGGCUUCCUUAACACCUCAGCAGACCCACAUCCUACAAGUCCCUCCAUGUCACACAGCAGGCAGUUUUCCGGGUAAAAUGAGCCAAAACUAAGCAUCGGGUGCAGAAACUAUGCCAUAAUUAUAAUAAUUAACUGAUUGGACAAUGUAAAAUUAAUCUCAGUUUCACUGAAAUUAACUUGGCAAUAUGCAUUUUUUUUAGAUGCACUUGUAAUUGUAUGCACCCUAACACGGUGUUAUAGUAGCAGGCGCUGAAUGACGGAUUUUUUGCAGCAAUUUUCAGAGUAUCUGCUCAUAGAAAAUAAAUAAAUAAAUAAAAACAGAGAAGUCGCUGUUGAUUUCUCCCUGCUGAGUGCAGUGCAUCUCUGCUGCAGAAGGAGUCGGACCAGGUGAGGCGUGCUUUGUGGCGUAUUCCAGUCUGCAAAGGAUGAAUGCAGACGUCCUCUUCUUCUCUCUAAAACUAUUCUCUCCAGAGCCGGGCAGCCCCUUGCUGAGUUGGUCGCAAUCAUUGUUUCUCUGCAGCAUUAACCACAUUCCAGAGAGGCGCAGCGCAUCCCGUCUCCCUCCCCGCAUUCCUUUCAGGCGAACGAGUCCCCCGCGUAAAACCGCCUUUAAAUGCAAUUUCCCUCGCUCUCACCGCGCGCAGGCCGGUGUAAAAAGCACUUUUGUGGUCCGUGGGAUUAUCCAAGCCGGUCUAGUUUCCACCAAAGCGGCCGUGGGGGGAAUCUAGAGGAAAAACCAACAAGGAGAAAUUCCUCCGCGCAGCGCGCCAUUGACUGUAAAGACCUUUCAACUUAACAAAAACUGAAGUUGACAAACGCAACGGAGUCGGCUGAAACUGCGCGAAAGAGUUUGCCGUUCGGCGCGGGGAGGGAAAGCAGAAGACGGCGAUGCGGCUUGCGGUGCGGGUUUGCGCCUCGGCCGCCGGUUUUGCGUGAAGGAUCGACGGCUGCGCGGCGGCGUUUUGUUUUGAUUUCCAUGUGAAACACAAUCGGAGCUCCGCGGAGCGCAGCGCACUCGCAACUUGCUUCUCGCCUCUGGUGCGCAACAUGGAGCCUUACGAGGAGGACCUGGGACUCCGGGCCACUGCACUGAUGGAGGACCUUUCCCUGUACGAAGCCUACAAAGACGGGGUGUACAACGCGAGGAGGGACUUGGUGAUAAACCCAGAUCUGGACUUCUCCGCUCCGGCGGUGGCGGGGCUGAAAACCAAGCCGAUGAAUGGCACCUCUGUGCUCCACCAGCAGCAUCACACUUUGGAGAAUUUCACGCCGGGGACCAAAGUGUACAACGCGGCUCCCGUGCGUCCCGUGAACUGCAGCCGGACGGUUCCCGUGGAUUUCUGCGCCCCUCAGAGAGACGCCGCGUACAGCGAGGAGGGCUGCUGCACCAAAUCCGAGGUGGCUCUGCCGUGCUACCCCGGCACGUCCGAGAGGCACCGGAGGUACUCCCUGGAGGUGCAGGGCCACAGGUACAGCACCGGCUCCACCUUUGACGGGGUGCCUCUCAACAAAGCGGUGCCUCUGCCCGGCAACAGGUGCAACAGCGUCUGCAUAACCGGCAGCCACGACGCCAGGUACGGCGCCGCCAGCCCCCGCUCCAGCCUGGCGUCCUCGCUGUCCUCUCAGGAGCAAAGCAAGCACGCCAGCCCGCGGUCGAGCCUCAGCAGCCCGCGCACCAGCCUGGUGGUGCCGGGCCAGGACAGGUACACCAGCCCCAGGUCCAGCUUGGUCCACUGUGAGGGCAACAGCAUCCUCAGCCCGCGAUCCAGCUAUGCAAGCACGGCCAGCGACACCAGCAAGCACUCCAGCCCCAGGACCAGCCUGAACAGCUGCGACUGCUGCAGCAAGCCCAGCAGCAACCGCACCAGCGGCAUCAGCAUGGGCUACGACCAGAGGCACGCCAGCCCCAGGUCCAGCACGGCCAGCCAGUACUCCUUCACCACCAGCCCGAGGUCCAGCUACUCCGACUCGCGGUACGGGCCCGUGGUCAACCACGACCUGGAGGGCGCCAUCCUGCACGGCGCGCCGCUGGCGAGCCCCCGCUCCAGCAUCUGCAGCCAGGACGGGAGCGCAAGAGCCGGGGUGGCGGCGAACUGCGUGGUCAGCCCGCGGUCCAGCAUCUCCAGCCACAGCUCCAGGAGCUCCCGCAGCUCCCGGGGCUCUAUGAGCACAUACCCGGACCUGCAGCUGCCUUCCCCCAGGUCCUCCAUGCUGGGCGGCGGGUUGCCCGAGGACGCCUUGCUGCAGGAGUUCGGAGAGCCGAACGGGGCUCCGGCUCGCGUCCCGCUGCAGACGGUGGCCGAGCCCCAGCCCCAGGCGGCCCAGGCGGGAGGCACCGCGGAGAUGAGCGCCGGCUCGCCGUCGUCGUUCUGCUACGGCGUGUCCACGAAGGCGGCCUCGGCGGGUCAGAGGUAUAAGCUGCCUUACCAGGUGACCCCCAGCAGGGAGAGUGGGCCGAGCCAGGCGGAGAAACGCCUGGAGGCGCUCACCUUGGAGCUGGAGAAGGAGCUGGAGAUACACAUGAAGAAGGAAUACUUUGGUAUAUGCGUCAAAUGCGGGAAAGGUGUGUACGGGGCCAGCCAGGCAUGCCAGGCCAUGGGGAACCUCUAUCACACCAACUGCUUCACCUGCUGCUCAUGUGGUGAGUAAAAAGAGUCCUACCCAUGAAAAUA